CGAAGAGGAAUGAAAAUAUUGAAUAGCUAUGGUUGUCUGGGCUUCAGUCCAGUAGCUUCUUUUGGGCUGUGCCUAAAGUCAUAGAUUAGCAUCUCCCCCUCUUAUCUUGCAGCAGGGUGCACAAAUGCUCUGAGUUUGUGUAGAGAUACCUAACACACAGCCAGAUGCUCAUCGUCUUUAAAUAUCUUGAACUCUAUCCAAAUACUUAAGAUCAGCAAAGGCCUGGAGGACUUGAGGCUCAAUCUCCAAUCUGUCUCCAGGCCGACAGUCCUGAUUUGUCUAGAAACAUUUUGUGAUGGUGGUGAUCCUGAGAAAUGAAAAACGUUGCCUGUUUUAAGGGUGGAAUGUAGCAUCCCAUCCAUACAGCUUGUGUAACUGUGACGGGUUGGUGUUCCGCACGAGUCUUGCCGCGACAGAGGAGGUUUGUUACCGUUGUGGUGUUGAACACUGCAACGCCCGUUUAUGAUUUACCAUCCUUAUCAAAUGACACAUGCAUUCCUGGUGCAAGUUGGCGUAGCUCUGCAUUGCGCAGCUCCUUUGGUGUAAGAACACAGAGACAAGGGGGAAGAGGGAGAAACGAUAGUGACAUAACUGUUCUCUGGUGUAUGCAGUUACAGCCUUUUUCCCAGCACUGACUUAAUUCAUCUGAUGAAAUCCAGCCAGAGAGUGGUUGCUUUGAGAGCUGCCCUGCCGAUUUCCAUGGUGAGAGAGCAAACUCCCUGGAAUUAAGUCAAAGCAUCUGCAUAGAGGAGUGAUGGGAAAAUGUUCACUGAUUUGUAUUGAAAGAAACUGUUAUUUCUUUUUUUAUUAUUUGUUUCUUUUUCAUUACAUCUCCUGGGUUCAUUCCCAUUUCAAACUCUUCCUGAGACUGCCUGGGUCAGCGGGUCUCACUUGCAUCCUGUCCUAUGACCUGCUGGCAAAUUUGAGACUAACAUUAAGUAAAAUGUUUUAUGCAAUGAUAGCAGCUUUCACUAAUGGUCUACUUGGGAAGUAAAUGGGAGCUGUUACUUUAUAAGAGCUUUUUUUUUUUUAAGUUUAAAUGUGUGCUUUAACUUUGUGACAGUUGUCAAUGGUUUUGCUUUAAAAAUUAGUGUAUCAGCCCUCUGAUCCUUGAUCCUAUGAGGAGAGAAACUACUUUGUGCAGAGGGGCUGCAGCUAAAAUUCAAAGUGGAUUGAUUUAAUUGCUCUGACGGAUUAACUUAUGGUGCUGCGGGGAAGAGGAUGCUCUGGUGCAGGGUACCUGCAUGUCAGGAUGGCAGCUUCAAACCUGGAGAACCAGCUACAGAGCGCCCAGAAGAACCUGUUGUUUCUCCAGAAAGAGCAUGCCAACACACUGAAAGGCCUGCACGCAGAGAUCCGGCGCCUGCAGCAGCACUGCACAGAUUUAACCUAUGAGUUGACUGUAAAGAGUUCAGACUUAUCAGGAAAUGGCAUUUCAAGAACUGAAGAACUCAAAAGAAAGUGUGAAGACCUUGAAGGUCAGCUGAAAGUCAAAGAGGCUGAAAAUAAUGAAUUAUUGAAAGAACUUGAACAAAAGAAUGCAAUGAUAAUGGUGCUGGAAAACACCAUUAAAGAAAGAGAAAAGAAGUAUUUGGAAGAGUUAAAAAUGAAAAGCCAUAAGCUCAAUAUGUUGUCAAGUGAACUAGAGCAGAGAGCAAGCACUAUUGCUUAUUUAACUUCUCAACUGCAUGCUACAAAGAAGAAGCUGAUGAGUUCCAGUGGGACUUCGGAGGGGACCCCUUCUGGCAGUCCUGUGUUGUCCAACUAUAAGCCGUCCCCUCCCAAAGAUAAACUGCCGGAGACGCCACGGCGCAGAAUGAAGAAGAGUCUGUCAACACCACUCAACCCUGAGUUUGAAGAGGCCUACAGAAUAGGAGUGGAAAGCCGGAAGCUGCUAUUGAGAGAGCAUGUGGAUGCCAUGCCUGAUCCCACACCCUUUCUGUUGGCCAGGGAAACGGCAGAGGUGCAUCUUAUUAAGGAGAGGCCGUUAGUUAUCCCACCUAUUGCUUCAGACCGUGCCUCUGGUGAAUCACACAGCCCAGCCCGAGAGAAGCCGCACAAGGCACACAUCGGGGUGGCGCAUCGCAUCCACCAUGCUGCACCAUCCCAGCCUCAGACAGAGGUUGAAACACUGGCAGUGGAUCAAGUCCAUGGAAGCAAAGUGGUCAGAAAGCACUCAGGGACAGACAGAACUGUUUGAAUAAAUGCUGAAAUGCUCUACUCUGUUGCUGUUUAUGCACUGUGAUCCUGUAGGAUGAAUAGCACCUGCAGUAAAGUUUCUUUCGAUGCCCCAUGCAUGCCAAACUUCUUCCAGAUACAUCAUUAAUAGAUUAUAUUCCUCUAAGGAAACCUUAUACGACUGUGUUCAUACGGCAAGGUAUAUAACUACUCAAUGCUGUGGCCAAAUCAGGGGUACCUGACUGCUUGCUUCUGAGCACUACUCCAUUUAUUGUAACUCCACCUGUGGACAAAGGCGCAGGCUGCGUCAUUAAUCAAUAUUAGUGAAACCACACUUAACUUAAACCUGCAGCAAUGCGCGUUGGCUGUUAACGUUUGAACAAGCUGUGGUUCUUUUGUCUUCACUGUAUCUGUCAGCACUCCAUACACAAGCGCUAACCUCCACGUCAAAGCCUUUCUCACAGCAGCAUGGAAAAGAACGCAGAUGUAUGUACACUUUAAAGUGAGCUAAGGACAUCUUUUCCUUCACAUGCAUAUGCUCCCAGUUGCAAAGUGUGUUCAUAGUUCCCUCUUUCUCAAAAUCCUGAGAGUCCCAGCAAGCAUUACCCAAUUAAUCCCAAAUACUUUGGUUUGUGGCUUUGCUUAAUUUAUAGAAAAGAAAAGGGGGAAGGGAAUAAAGUACUCUUUAAAAGGGUUAAUGAGGUCCUUAAAGAAAGAGUAUGAACACGGGGUGGUUGUUUUUUUCAGACUGAAUGGCUCCAUUACAUGUUACACCAGUCAAUACCCUGCACUUCUAGCACUUUCCAUACUGGCUUAGAGCUCCUUUUCCAGGGAGAAAAAAGAACUGGCUAUCCAAUAUGGAAAUGGUUCAUUAUGCUCUAACCUGCACUUCUUUUUUGUAAAGGGAUUUUUGUUUCCUGAAAAUCUUAGCCUUGUUCUGGCAUCAUCGGACAGUGCUGGCUUCUGUCAGCUUAGAAACCUGAGCUGUCCCUAUAAAAUGUCUGUAUUUAAUUCUAAAUUUAACCAUUGUAACCAAUUCACACAGGGAGAAGAACCUGGCAUCCUUGAUUUUUAUCCUUGUGGAUUGGAAUGGACUUGUCUUGCACUUGCCCUGGUUCCCCUGCUCCUUACUCUAAGCAACAGGUAGACUCUACGCCUCUUAGACUUCUCGAUUAUUUUUUUAUUAUUGUGUUUUCCUAGGAAAGAAAGGCAUACUGAGAGCUGUGAGAGUAUGCAAUUUUGGGAAAAGGAGCACAAAUUUGGCCAUUUUUCUUAAAUCGUGAUCAGCACCUCCAGCUCGCCUCUGCUUCACUCUUGUCUGCAGCCUCUGAGUAGGAACAGCAAGAAACAAUGGCUCCCAAAUGCUGCUAAGCUUAUGAUGUGCCUUUAAAAACUCAGAACGCGUAAUCUGUGUGAAAACUGAUGAAGGAUCCCUGCCUGCCCUCUGUCCUUCCCCUUGCCAGCCGUAGUCUGCCCCUCUUAAGCUUUUUCUGCAGCUCUGUGUUGGUGUGUCUCCCUCCGGAGCCCUGGAUCACUGUCAGCUUCCCCCACAAAGGCACUGGCUGGAUGAGAAAAGCUGUUCUUCCCACCUGUGGUACUGCAGAACGCCCUGUGCAGCCUAGCGGUGCACAGCAGGUCAUUCCCAGCUGGAGAGGGUCUGGCUGUCCACGGGCCACAAGGCCUCCUGUGCCCUGCCCCACGCACCCUCACCACCUGGGCACUUCUGAAGCCCAAGAAAGCCUCUUCGGUGUGACGCCUUGCGGGUGGCGUGGUAGAAUUUGUUUCAUGACUGGGGGAUAAGGAUAGGGAAAAACUGUGGUCCUGGAAAAUGGUGGGUUAAAGAAAGUUUGUUCUUCUGUGGUUUACUAUUUUUAAGUGUAUUGCAUUAACCAGCAGUGGUUGGGGUUUUGGGUUGUUGUUGCCAUAUUUUUGUGGCGAUCUACUGUAUGUCUGACCUACCCUGCCACUUGCUCAAGGGUGAUGGAAGGCACCGCUUCUAAGCGCAGCAGAAGUGAUG